AUGGAUAAGAUUUUGCUUUGUGCGUAUGGCGAGUCGAACAGCGUGGAUGGCUCCGCAACUUUCAACAAAUUGUUCUGCCCUUCACUUGAUAUUACUAGGCAAAGAUGCUACGAUUGCCACAGACAGUCUAAUGAUCAGGCCUCUAGGAUCAAAAUCAACCGCAUGGUAAUAGACGUCACUGGUCAGCAUAUUGACAAGUCGCGUGGAUGGAGGUUGUCAUUGUGGGCAUCGAGCGGGCCGACCCGGGAGUUGUACCCGCUCCGUGAUGUCACUGGGACUGGGAACUGA